AGGCCCAUGCUGUCCACCCUGGCAGGGCCGUGGCCAAGACCCGAGUCUCCCAGCCCGGGGUAUCUCCUCGCUCUACAACGCUGAGCUCCAGGCACCUGUGUAGCCCCAGGGCCAACGCUGGUGGGCUGGGGCUGGGAGGCCUGCACGCCUGGAUCCCGGGUCCCUAAACCAGUACCUAUCCACCACAGCCACCAUGAUCCGGCUUCGAAACAGGAGGCGCCCUGAGCCGCUCCAGGGCACCCCAAAGUGGGUCCCCAUUCUGGGGGAGCUGCAAAAGACCCUCCAGAAGGGCGAGUACCUGCCCCUGCGUCCGAUGCCCAUGUUCGAGAGUAACUUUGUUCAGGUGACGAGUCGAGGGAGCCCGGUGUUUGUGAGUCACAGAACCAACCGGCUGACCAUGGGCGCAGCCGCCUCCCUGCCAGGCCUGCUGGUGCCCGAUAUCCUGCUGAUCGGCCAGCCUGCUGAGGGCAGGGACUGCUCGGGCCUCGUGCUGACCAGGAUGAUCCCCCUGGACCUCACCCAGCUCUGCGUCCAUGACCUCUCCUCCUGGUGCCUGAAGCUACGCCUGGUCUCAGGCCACAACUACUACCUGGCGCUGGAUGCCCCGGAUAACGAGGCAGGCUUCCUGUUCGACUGCUGGAUCCGCCUCACCCACCUGCUCCGGGAGCCGGCUUUCGCCUGGGCCCCCAGGACCGUGCGCACGGCCCACCCAGAUGUGCCCCUGGCCGAAGCGCCCGCCUCCACCUGGCACCUGCAGGACCAGUCAGUCAGCAGACAAGCAGCCAGGGUUGCCGAGCACACCUUUCCUUACAAGAUGGUGGCCGCUCAGAGGCAGAGGAAGGCCAAGCCGCUCAAGCGCAGAUUCAAGUCUCAGGCCGUGGGCGACUCCGUGCCCCUCAUCUGGUCGCAGCUGGAGCAUGCCAAGAAGAAACCUGCAGAAAAGAAGUCCCACCCAGACCCCCAUCCUGAGAGACCUCAUACCCAAACCCGCUUUUCUGAGACGACCAGCAUCACCAUCCGGACCAUCUUCAGCGUCUUUUCCAGCACCACCAAGCAGACACAGUCCUCUCCAAAGGCCUGUACAUCUGAGUGUAAUGAGACCACAGGCCAGGGACACAUAGUGAAGGCCCCUUCCCACUGCGUCUCAGCCAACAGCCCUGAUUGCUUCUUUCUGGGCUCCUGCACUCCCUGGGACCCCUGCCUGUGGCAUCAGGACAUGGGAGACCUCAUGGGCUCUGAGAGCAGCACCUUGUCGUCUGCCUCCCUCGACCUGGCUCCCUGUCCCUCAGCUGCCUGCCUCUCCACACUCUACUCUUCCAUCCCCAGGGGCAGGGACAGGGCGGGGCCUAUGGGCUCCCAGCAGGGGCCAGGGCCACCACCCUUCCAGAAGGCCCCAUCUGUCCCUGUCACAUCUUGCAAGGCACCAUUCCUCGUUGACCAGUCCCAGAAGCUCCCAGCUGCACCUGCUUCAUCGUGGAAGGCCCCAGCUGUAUCAGCUCCUCCCCAGAAGGCCCCAGCCAUACCUGCUCCACCUGGGAAGGCCCCACCCCCGUCUCAGAAGGCCCCAGCAGUUCCUGCUCCAUCCCAGAAGACCCCACCCCCGUCUCAGAAGGCCCCCGCAGUACCUGCUCCAUCGUGGAAGGCCCCAUCUGCAUCAGCUGCUCCCCGGAAGGCCCCAGCUGUACCUGUCCCACCCUCAUCUCAGAAGGCCUCCGCAGUACCUACCAUUCCCCAGAAGGCCAUGUCCCCCCCUGCUCCAAAGAGGAAAUCUCUGGUCCUCCCUGCCCCAUCCCAGAAGGCUCUGCCAACCUCACCUACCCGAUACCGGAUGGCAGUGGGCUCGCCGGCCUCACAGGGGAAGAUCCCUGGCGAUUUCGACGUGGUGCCAACAGGAAUUCCUGGAAGGGCUGCGCUGGAGAGCAGCAAGUCCGGGCGGGAACCUGAGCCGGCGAUGGUAGUGGGCACCCGGGAGACAGGUGUGGUGGAGAUGACUCAGGUCCCAUCCCUGGAGUGGCCCUUCACCACGACCAAGAAGGAGUCCAGGGACAUCCUGGUGAGCAAAACCCAGGAGGCAAGCCUGGAGGCCUUCAGGGGCUGGAGGAAGUCGGAGGACCGAGUCCACUGGGCGAAGGAGGAGAGGUCCCUGGACCAGCCUGCUGUGAGAUCCAAGGAGAUGGAGCAGCGGAAGGGAUGGGUGCAGAUGAAGGAGCGUGCCAUCGGGGGCCCCUCCCGGGAGCACAGCAGGCCCUUCUCUGUGGAAGGGCUCACCCUCGCCAGGCGCAUGAUCAUGGCCAACUCCAAAGAGCAGCGCUCCAGACACGCUUUGGGCUCACUCCCCUCCUGGCUCUCGCAGUCAUCUGCCACGCCUGUGAUGGCUUCAAUGCCCUUCCACCCCAGCCAGCUGUCCUCGCUGGAGGGGAAGCCAGUGGUGGUUAGAGAGCAGCCAGAGUCACAUGCCUGGGCGAAGAAGAGGAAGCAGCAAUGGGCCGAGGUGAAGGAACCACCCUGGGACCCCGAGGGGCUGCCCGAGCUGCCCCUUUGCUCCAGGCCCACCUCUGCCAGUCUGAAGACGGAAGGAAUCUCCCAGGCGACCAUCCCCUUGCCUGCCUCACGGUGGGAGGACUCACCGCCAUCGCCCCUUUCGGAGACCCCCAUCCCAAAGAUGGAGGCCACGGCCAGGACGUCCCAGCAGCCCAAGAGAGUGUUGCAGGAGCCCCUGACGAUGCCAGCCCAGCACCCCCUGGCCACUGUGGGGUCAUCUUCAGAAAUUCUUUCGCCCGUGCUCUUAGAACUUGAGACUGUGAGGAGCAUGACCACCAAGGCAGAGGAGACACGGGGGGAACCGGGUGUCUUCAGUCUUCCCCCCAGGUAG